UACACAAAACGUAUACAAGUAGCAGUGAGUAAAUAAUUGUUGACGUAAUGUUGCCGAAUAUCGCAUACUCGCUGACGUUUGAGGGAGUGCUGAAAUUUCUUUAAAAUACUCUUUUUUUUACCAUAAAAAUAAAUUUAACACAUCUAUAUAAACAAGUACUUACGAUUUCUAACAUAACUGACAAUAAAUUUACUGAGAAAAUAAAGCUUGCUACAGGUGGUCACAGUAAUUUCAAGAUGUGUAUUCAGCUUUUACGCUCUUAAGACGAAAAGAAUAGGUGGUACUUGCUAUUGAUCUCUGCGACAGGUUUUCUUGUCUAAAUUUCAACAUACUCAAAUUCACUUUAUCUGAUGAAUUCUGAGAGUGCCCCUAAACUUCACAGAGAACAUUAUGAGUUGGAGCGCACAGUUUUAUCGGACAGCAUGGAAGAUGAAACAUCAAGUCUUAUUAGUGGAUUUGAUGAUAAAAUAUCACAUAUAUCUGAUAGAAACUUUAUGAAAACUCAAAAUCUUAACCUUUUAUCUUCUAAAGCAAUUUAUUGUAUCAUUUUUUGGUAUUUUUUUAGUUUUACCACUCUUUUUUUAAACAAAUAUAUUUUGGCUUAUGAACAAGGAGAUCCGGCACUUCUAGGAUCUGCCCAACUAUUAAUGUGUUCAAUUUGCGGAUAUGCACAUUUAAAGUUUCCAUGCAAUUUGUACAAAAAUGUUGUUUGGGAAAGAACUCCUCCUCGUUUUUUUCGGAACAUGUUUUUGGUAGGAAGUUUAAGGUUUUCAACUUUAAUUUUGGGGCUGAUUGCUUUAUGGUUUGUUCCUGUAUCUUUUGCUGAAACUGUGAAAAGUUCUGCUCCUGUGUUUACAGUAUUUUUGGCAUGGUUGUUGAUGGGAGAAAAAACAAGCUGGCUUGUCUGUCUCUCCCUUUUUCCAAUCAUGGGUGGAUUGGCUUUAUGCAGUGCUAAUGAGCUGAGUUUCAAUACAGCUGGGUUUGCUGCUGCUAUGAUUACUAAUUUAUCUGAAUGUCUCCAAAAUGUUUUUUCAAAGAAGCUCAUUAGUGGAGAUAAAUAUUGCUACAGUCCACCAGAGUUACAGUUUUAUACCAGUGUUGCUUCUAUAUGUGUCCAGAUUCCAACUUUAAUAUUAAUGGUAGAUGUAUCUCUUGUUAGAGCAAAUUUUACGUACAAAAUGCUUCUUCUACUAGUGAUCAAUGGUAUUUCUUUCCAUUGCCAAAGCAUUACAGAAUACUCUUUACUUAGUUACAUAUCUCCAGUGACACACAGUGUUGCGAAUACAGUUAAAAGGGCUCUAUUGAUAUGGCUGUCUGUGAUUACGUUCGGUAACAAAGUAACAUUCCUAGGUGGAUUGGGGACAACUAUCGUAAUUGUCGGAGUUUUUGGUUACAACAAAGCAAAACAAAUCGCUCCUACUGUUUUAGUUCCUUCAAAGAGUAUAAAAGAAGUGCAUUCUAUAUAACACACAUGCCUAUAUUAUUUUGCAUUCUUUUUGUCUGUGAUUUGCAUUUCUUGACCUCAUUUAUUUCCGCAUAUAAUUUAUUCAAUCAAAUAUUAAGUUUAUAUUCUUUAAGUUAUUUUUUUCUUUAUUGUAAAUACUCAUCACUGAAGGAAAAUGGAAUAUGAUUUUUGCAUUAAAAGAAUCCUUAAACUAGGCUUUUUCAUUGUUUUCAAUCACAGAAUGGUGAAUUGUUGAUUUUGCACUUGCUUGUAAUUUGAACUAGAUUUUUUUUUCUUUUCUACUAUUUUUUUCAUGGGUUCAAAGAAAAUAUAUAUUCAGAUUCAAAAUGCAUUGUGCUGUUCUUUUAGAUAUUUAUUUUAUAUAUUAUUUAAGAUUUAGGGCUUAGAAUGUAUGUGCUAAUUUACUUUCUGGAAAAUUCAGAGGUGCAGGUUUUGUGAAGAAAUAUAUAAAACUUCUCCAUAUUCUUUAUUUUAUGCAUUCCAAUUACUUUUCAUCAGCUGACCAUGAUGCAAUAUUUCCAAGAUCCGUUCCAAAAUACUCUGUGUAAUACUCUUUCUAUAAAAAUAUGAGAUUAACUGAAAAAUAAGCAAUUCACUUGUUUGUCAGUAAUCGGUAUUAUCCUUUUCUUUUAUUUGCCAAUAUUGUUUCAUAAGCUUUUUUUUUUUUUUUUUUUUUUGAGAUUUCAACUUUAUGAAGUUCAUUUUAAAAUUCUGAGGAAGAUGUAAGAUUUUUGAUUUAUUAGGGAAUUUAUAAAACUUUUCCAUGUUCUUUAUUUUAUGCAUUCCUGAUGCUUUUUCCUCAGCUAACCAUGAUUCAAAAUUUGCAAGGUCCAUACCAAAAAUACUCUGUGUAAUACUCUUUCUGUAAAAAUAUGGUAACUGGAAAACAUGCAUUUCUUUUGUUUAUCAAUAAUCUGUAUAAUACUUUUCUUCUAUUUCCCAGCAUUGUUUCCUGGGCUUAUAGUUGUCUUUUGAGUUUUCAACUUUAUAAAAUUAUGUUUAAAAUAUAAGACUUUUGAUUUUAUUAGGAAAUAUAUAAAACUUCAUGUUUUUUAUUUUAUGCAUUCCUGUUGCUUUUUCCUCAGCUGACCAUGAUUCAAAAUUUGAAAGGUCCAUUCGAAAAAGGCUUUGUGUAAUACUCUUUCUAUAAAAAUAUGAAAUAAACUCAAAAACAAGCAUUUCACUUAUUUGUCUAUAUUCUCUAUAAUAUUUUUCUUCCAGUUGUCAGUAUUAUUUCCUGUGCUUAUUGUUGUUUGUUUGAGAUUACAACUGUAUUAAAUUCAUUUUCAAAUUCUAAAUAUAAUUUUUUUAAAAAAAUUUUUCUCGAGACAUAUAUAUUAUCGAGACUUUGCAUAUAUAUUAUCGAGACUUUGCAUAUAUUAUCGAGACUAUUAUCGAGACUUUGAUUUUUCACAUUUCUAAACGUUUAGAGAAUAUAUCCAGUUAUUUUAUGCAACUACAAUGAUUGCAUGUAUUAUAUCAAGCAACUGAGUUUGUAGUCUCUCGAUGAUUAUUCUUUUCUCUACAUUGAUCACAAUCUUCCUCUUGUAAUGUGCUAAUCAAUGAAUUGUAACAUGAAAAUACGAAUGAAUUGAAUAUUAUGUAAUGAAUUUAAAUCUGUAAGUUUUUGUAUUAUUAUUUCUUUCUAGUCAUUGAAAUGAAUUUUUGAAAACUUUGUGAAUUCCUUGAUCCUGAAAUGAUAAUUAAAAAAAAAUCUAUUAUUCAUGUAUUUUUGAAACAAAAGUUCUUUCUUUUAACAAAUAUAUUUUUGUUAUCGGUAUGAUAUUUCAGCUACUGUAAAAUAAAGAAAAGUUACUACUUGCUGGAAUAUAACAAUUGAAAAUACCACAUUUUAAUACUUUUUGUGAUUUUAAUCAGUUUUAAAUGGAUCAGAAUGAACUUGUUUUUAGAAUUGUUAAUAAUUAUAAGUCUACAUGCAUGCUCAUUUUAUAUCAGUUUCCAAUGGAGAUUUUUAAAAUUGCUCAUUCUUAAGAAAAUAUAUAAAUGUUUCAUGCAUUUUUAAAUAUUUGAAUAUUGUAAUUUUCCGUUAGGUUUUAUAAAUAAAGCAAUUUAUGAAAACUGGA